UAUAUAAUAUCUUUCUAUGAGAAUGAGUCUAUUGAUUAGAAUAAUGAAUCUAAAAUAUGUAUCAUGACGAUGGAAGAUAAGAUGAAUUCCUAAUCUAAUCCAAAUUAUGACAAUAUAAUGUGUUAGUUAACCUUUGAUGUUAUUAAUGGUGGUAUGCAUUACAUAUUAGUAUAUUGAAUACAAAACAUUGUUGGGUUGUGUUUUUUUCCGGGUUUAUGUGUAUUGGUUGAUGUCAUGAACGUUAUAAUGGUCUAUAUUCUCUAGUAAGAUGGCCACCCUCCAAAAUAUACUAAGAGUUAGGUAUGUUGAUGAGUCCUUUAAACUAGUUUUCUCGAGAAUAUGAUACAUAUAAUCUUAAAAAGUAAAUUGAGAAUAUGAUACAUAUACUCUUAAAAAGUAAAUUGAGAGCGUUAUUCCUCUUACAAUACUUAGUUUAGGAUGAACUUGGUUUAAGGAAAUAUUUGCUUCUUACAUUGUAUCAUUCAAUCCUAACAAAUGACAUUUUAUUUCUUUACUUGAGUUCAAUGGCGGAUCUUCAUUGGGGUAGGCUCAGGCCCGUAGCAAAGGGUGUGCAAAGUGACCCUUUGCACAGGGCCCCCAACCUAAAAAAAAUUGGUUUAAUUUGGAGGGCCCAAUUUUCUAUUUUCUGCUUUGUAAUUUGAGAUCUGUAAAGGAAAUUCUAGCCCAUACUUCAUGUUUCAAUUCUUCCGUCUGCAAUAUUUCCUUCUUCGUAAUCACGCCACUAAUUACUCUUUCCUCAAACUCUCCCUCUAUCUUGAUUCACGCUCCAUUAUUCAUUGAUUCACCUUCCUCAUUCUUCAAAUCUUUCAAACUUUUUGAUUCUUCGAUCAAUUCUUUCUCGAAUUUUUUUUAUCUUCAUCAAUUUUCUCUAUUAUCUAUGGAAAGUUGGGUUUUUUUUCUCUGUUUAACGGGAAAAAAAUUAUCUUUACCCAAUUUGAGAUUGUCAUUUAUUAUCAAUGGCAAGCAACGAUUAAUGUUAAUUUCUCCUAAUUUCUUCCUAUCAAACGGCUAAAUUUUGAGAGGACUAUAUAAAGGAGUAAUCUUCAAAAUUCUUAAUCAUCUACUUCCCAAUUCUCAAUCAAUACAUGCAAAGAAAGUGGAAUAUACAAGACUCAAUCAUCUCAAUUUUCAUUGACAAUCUUGAAUUCAAAUGUUCCAAAAAGAGUAUGUACAGCAGCCGAAGUGAAGAUAUACAUGACUAGUUUGCUUGACGGGACUAGAAAGAGUUCAAAUUACUUAAAACCAAAUAAGAAUUGUAAUUUGAGCUCAUGGGUUGAUGGUUGUGAGCCAGGUUGGGCAUGUAGUGUUGGUAAAGACAAUAAAGUUGAUAUGAAGAACACAAGGGAUAUUCCUGAUAGAACUCAAGAUUGUCAACCUUGUUGUGCUGGAUUUUUUUGCCCCAAGGGUGUUACUUGCAUGAUCCCUUGUCCGUUGGGAUCUUAUUGUCCAUUUGCUGAACUAAAUAAAACCACAGGAAGAUGUGAUCCAUAUGCAUACCAAAUACCACCUGGGAAGCCAAAUCAUACUUGUGGUGGAGCUGAUGUGUGGUCAGAUGUUGUUAAUAGCGAUGAAGUUUUUUGCUCACCUGGAUCAUAUUGUCCGUCUACAACAGAAAAACUUUCGUGUAGUUUUGGGCAUUAUUGUAGAAAAGGUUCGACAGAAGAAUUAUCAUGCUUCAAAUUGGCUAGCUGCAAUCCAAAAACUACAAAUCAAAAUAUACAUGCCUAUGGUAUAUUGCUCAUUGCUAUAUUAAGUACGAGCCUACUUCUUGUAUACAAUUGUUCAGAUCAAGUACUUACUACUCGAGAAAGAAGGCUAGCAAGGUCUAGAGAGCGCGCAAUAAGAAGUGCAAAGGAAACUGCGCAAGCUCGUGAAAGAUGGAAAGUAGCAAAGGACAAUGCUAGGAAACGAGCCAUUGGUUUACAACAACAAUUGUCACGUACAUUCUCUAAGAAAAAAUCCACACGACAAGAAACAUUAAAAGGUUUCUUCGGCCAGAAAUCAUCUGCAAGUAACGAUGCAAUACCUCCAACGCCGAAUACAGAUCCGAAAUCGAAAAAGAAACAACCGAGCAAUCUAACAAAAAUGAUGCAAGAAAUUGAAGAUGAUCCUGAUAAUAACGAGGGUUUUAAUAUGGAGAUAGGAGAUAAGAAUAUUAAGAAACAAUUCAAAGCUAAAGAAUUACACACACGUAGUCAAAUUUUUAAGUAUGCAUAUGGACAACUUGAGAAAGAAAAAGCAAUGCAACAAGAAAAUAAGAAUCUUACAUUUUCUGGAAUCAUUUCUAUGGCAACUGAUACUGAUGUUCGUAAAAGACCUUUAUUAGAGGUUGCUUUUAAAGAUUUGACACUUACUUUAAAAGGAAAGAACAAACAUUUAUUACGAUGUAUUACUGGUAAAAUUAUGCCUGGUCGAGUUUCUGCAGUUAUGGGUCCUUCUGGUGCAGGAAAAACUACUUUUCUUUCUGCUGUUACUGGAAAAGCAACAGGGUGUAAUAUAACUGGUAAAAUUCUAAUCAAUGGCAAGAAUGAAUCCAUUCACUCUUAUAAAAGGAUUAUUGGCUUUGUCCCACAAGAUGAUAUUGUGCAUGGAAACUUGACUGUUGAAGAAAAUCUAAGAUUCAGUGCUCGAUGCAGGUUACCUGGUGAUCUUCCAAAGGCAGAUAAGGUUCUCGUUGUUGAAAGAGUAAUUGAGGCGUUAGGAUUACAAGCAAUUCGAGAUUCUUUAGUUGGAACAGUUGAGAAAAGAGGAAUCUCUGGAGGACAAAGAAAACGAGUUAAUGUAGGAUUGGAAAUGGUUAUGGAGCCUUCACUUUUGAUUUUAGAUGAGCCUACUUCUGGUUUAGAUAGUUCAUCAUCUCUUCUACUCCUAAGAGCACUUAGACGUGAAGCUCUUGAAGGCGUGAAUAUAUGUAUGGUCAUCCAUCAACCAAGCUAUGCAUUGUUCAAGAUGUUCGACGACUUCAUAUUACUUGCAAAAGGAGGUCUUACAGUGUACCAUGGCGCAACAAAGAAAGUAGAAGAGUAUUUUGCAGGCUUAGGUAUCAUUGUACCUGAGAGAGUUACUCCUCCAGAUCAUUAUAUUGAUAUCUUAGAAGGAAUUAUUAAGUCAGGAUCUAAUGUUACACGUGAACAACUUCCUGUAAGAUGGAUGCUUCAUAAUGGUUAUCCUGUACCACCAGACAUGUUACAUCUAUGUGAUGAAAUUUCUAGCACUUCUCCUGAGGGUUCUACUAAACCUGGUGAUAAACGUCUUGAAAAGUCUUUCAUUGGAGAUCUUCUUCAAGAAAUCAAGUGUGCAGUUGUAUUAAGACGAGAGCAUCUCAUGCACAAUUUCUUAACAAAACAAGAUUUAUCUAAUCGAAUACCCCCAGGAAUUACACGACAAUACAGAUAUUUUUUAGGAAGAGUUGGGAAGCAAAGACUUCGUGAAGCCAAAUUACAAGCUGUGGAUUAUUUGAUUCUACUACUUGCUGGAGCUUGCUUAGGAACUCUUGCUAAAGUGAGUGAUGAGACAUUUGGUGCGCUUGGUUACAACUAUACCGUAAUUGCCGUAUCUCUUUUGUGCAAGAUUGCAGCUUUGAGAUCAUUCACGCUUGAUAGAUUACAAUACUGGCGAGAAAGUUCAUCAGGCAUGAGCAGCUUGGCAUAUUUUCUGUCCAAAGAUACAAUUGAUCUUUUCAACACCCUUUUUAAGCCUUUGGUUUACCUUGCAAUGUUUUACUUCUCCAAUAAUCCAAGAUCAAGUUUUUGGGCCAAUUAUGCUGUCUUGGUCUGUCUUGUUUACUGUGUGACCGGAAUAGCUUAUGGAUUAGCAAUAUUUCUCGAGGCAGGCCCCGCCCAACUGUGGUGCGUGCUUCUUCCCGUAGUGUUAUCACUCAUUGCUAGUCAAGAAAAAGACAGCAAAGUUAUGUACGAAAUAGGAAAAUUUACCUACACAAAAUGGGCCCUAGAGGCUUUUGUCAUUGCCAAUGCUGAGAAGUAUGACGGAGUAUGGCUAGUAACUCGUUGCGGCUCUUUGAUGCAAAGUGGUUAUAGUCUUAAUCAUUGGAACCGUUGUGUAGUAUUUCUCAUUAUAAGUGGGGUUCUUAGUCGUAUCAUAGCUUUCGCUUUCAUGAUAAUAUUCCAAAAGAAAUAGAAACAUUACCUAGCAAUUUUGUAAUGUUAGCGUACAAAAAAAAUGUUGUGUGUAGAGAUUUUAGUUAUUCUUUUGUUUAUGGAGGUACCAAACACGUUUUACCUAUGAACUCGAAAUCAACAAAAUCAUAGAAUGUAAAUUCAAACAUUCUAAACUGUUUGUUAAGACAGAAAUGUACAGAAUGCAGGGAGGAUUUUCAGUCUCUCAA